UUGAGAGUUUCCCGCUGCCGUCAGCAGGAGUCUUACCUGUCCUUCAGUUGUUCUGCAGUAAAAAUGCUAACUACUGGCAAGAUGGACAGGGUUUUAGACAUUACAGAAAUUCACAGACAACUCGGUUCUUGGAACAGCUGCAGUCGAUCGCAGAAAACAACAACUUCUUUGCUCCAGAGUUUACUCCCAAGCAGAUGGAUGACAUUCCGAGGAUCUACAAGAGCAUCAUUGAUGACCCAGCCAACCUGAGGGACCAGUUCGAGAGUGUUAAACAGUUGAAUUUUUCUUCAGUGCUCCAAAAUCCUGACCAACUGAGGCAGUACCUGGUUCAGAACCUGAGUCUGCCAGCCGUUGACGCUAACGCAAUGAUACACUCCACAGUGGAUAUGAAUGAGGUAUACAGGCUGUUGUUUGGGACAGAUCUUAAAACCACCCCUAGGCACAUGCUGGUCCGUGUGCAGAGAAGUCUCCCGGACUUUAAUUCUCUGAAGUUAGACAAAGAAAACUCUGUGCAGCAGCUAAAGGCCGUGAUGAACACUGUGGUGGAUCACAUCCCCAGUGUAAAGGAAGGACUACUUUACAAGAUGGUGAAAAGUGGAGAGAUACAAAGAGAGGAGGAAGUGAUGCGGCUUAUUCCGUCUCUGCUGGGACUGUUAGAUUCUGAUGAUAAAGUGGAUCCCCAAAGCAUGGCAGAACUUCUUAAGAUCUUGUUGAUUUCACCGAUGACCUUGAAACGAGUGUCAUGCGAGAAGGGAGAGUUGUCACGCGUUCUCCAUCCCUACCAUCCAUAUAACACCUCCUCUCUGGAUGAUGCCCAGAUCCACCUGUGUAACUUGACAAGUGAUCAGGUGGAGCAGCUGUCUGAAGAGCUCAAGUCAGAAAUCAACGACUCCACAAUAAUAAGUGUGCUUCACCUGGACAAAGCAAACUUCACAGAGGCUGAGCGAAGGAUUCGUCAGUUCCUAUCUGAUUUGGAAGAGUUCUACAUGUUCCAGCGUAACCUUGAAGAACUGACCUACCUGUCAAGGUCGCUCCCACAAGACGCUUGCCCACCCACACCCGUGCCCAACAUCACCAUGGCAACCACGCACAACGAGACUGAUGAAGAAUCAGGACAGUCAUUUGAUGAGGAAGGAGUAGAAAAUAAUAAGCCUCACAAACCUCAAAACAAGUUUGCUGGUUUGUUGAAAAUCUGGUUUGCCAUGCAGAAGAUAUUUUGUGGAGAAGAUCAUGAAAUUCCUAAAAAGAAACUGAAGCAUUUCAAAGAUGUGAAGGGUUUGGAUGGGAUCAGCCAGCAGGACCUGAAUGAAUUAGGCUUCACGGCCACACAACAACAAAACCUGGGUAUAUUGUUACACCUGCUGUACAGCAACCCUAAAGUGCUGUAUUCUCCAAACAACACAGCUACUGAUGAGAUCAUCAAAGACGCCAAUUCAUCGUUUGUGAUGAUAGACAGAGCUAACGAAUACGCCAAUAAGUGGCUGAACAUAUCCACAAACCUGAGGGAUUACCUGGUGCUGAACAAGACAGCACAAAACUUGAUGUUCAUACAACGUAUACAAGAAGAUCUACGUAAUCACUCAUCCCUGUUGUCUCACGUUAAAAAAUAUCCCAAAUUACGCGAGUUUCUGAAAAUUCCUGUUCCGAACCAGACAAAAAUGCUCGACGACGUUGACACAAUUGACAACGCGGCAUGUAGCUGGAACAAUCUGAUGAGUGGCAUAAACCUGAACAUAUAUCAGGGUUUCGAGUCCGAGCCCCGGCUGGUGGAUUAUGUCCUGAAUCAUGCUUACGCCGAUAACGUCAGUGUCUUUGCCAGUGUGGUGUUUGAAAAUAUGGCCGACGGGAAACUGCCAGCUCACGUGAAGUACAAGAUCCGUCAAAAUGCAUCUUUCACGGAGACAACUAAACAUGUGCGCCCGGGAAAUUGGUACCCAGGUCCUGGGAAACACACCUACCCUUACUACCACUUUGGCUUUGUCUGGAUACAGGACAUCAUAGAGCGUGCCAUCAUCAACGUGCAGGUGGGCAAACCCGUUGUAGAACCGGGAACAUUCCUACACCAGUUCCCCUACCCCUGUUUCAGAGCCGAUAUUUUCCUCUUCAUGAUAGAGCAUGUGGUGCCACUGCUGAUGACCAUCUCGUGGGUGUAUUCUGUGGCAAUGCUGGUCCAGAGCAUUGUCUAUGAGAAGGAACAGAGACUCAAGGAGGUGAUGAAGAUGAUGGGACUGAACAAUGCUGUCCAUUGGUGUGCUUGGUUUAUCACCAGCUUCCUGCAGAUGAGUAUCACCAUGGCAACCCUGACUCUCAUGUUACACUUUGGAAACAUCAUCCAGUACAGCAACCCAGCCAUCAUUUUCUUGACGCUAGAAGUCUUUGCACUCGCUACCAUCUGGUUUUCGUUCCUGAUCAGUGUGUUGUAUUCGAAAGCGAAAGUAGCUGCUGCCUGUGCUGGGAUUGUGUACUUCCUAACCUACGUCCCAUACAUGUAUAUAGCUAUCAGAGAGGGGGUGGCCGGGGAUAAAGUAACUGCCCUUGAGAAGUCACUAGGAUCCCUUUUCUCCACGACAGCAUUUGGCCUUGGAGCCAAGUACUUCGCGUACUAUGAAGAGACAGGUGUGGGCGUACAGUGGAGUAACAUCCACAUCUCACCUGUAGAGGAUGACCAGUACAACCUGUUAUAUGUCAUCAUAAUGAUGCUAGUGGACUUUUUAAUCUACGGGUUACUCGUAUGGUACAUAGAGAAUGUGCACCCAGGCUCAUUCGGUUUGCCCAAACCUUGGUAUUUCCCCCUGACCAGGUCCUACUGGUGCGGCCAUUCGAAAAAUGACUCAGACCAGCUUUGUUUGGGCAUCAUUGAUUGGUUGAAGCAGAGAGGGCAUCACUAUAUGCCAAUCACAGAAGAGGACCAGGCUUGUGCCAUGCAGCAGUCAGACAUGGCGAAUGGGCAUCACUUUGAGCAGGACCCAAGCCACAUUCCCAUGGGCGUCAGUAUUAAUGGACUCAGUAAGAAAUAUAAGAAAAGUAACAAGCUGGCAGUGAACAGUUUGACCUUGAACCUAUAUGAAGGUCAGAUUACUUCAUUUCUUGGACACAAUGGAGCAGGCAAAACCACAACCAUGUCAAUACUGACGGGUCUGUUCCCUCCCACCUCUGGCUAUGCCACUAUAUAUGGUCAGGACAUCAGGACAGACAUGGACGCCAUCAGAAAGAGCCUUGGAAUGUGCCCCCAACACAGUGUCCUCUUUGAUAAGCUUACAGUAGAAGAACAUCUGUGGUUUUACGGAAGGCUGAAAGGUGUAUCACCAAAAGACAUCAAAGCAGAAAUGGCCAGGUUUAUCCAGGACGUGGGUUUACCUAACAAGAAGAAAUGUCGUGUAGACUGCCUGUCGGGAGGGAUGCAGAGGAAACUCUCAGUAGCUAUAGCCUUUGUGGGUGGAUCGAGAACUGUGAUUCUUGAUGAACCUACAGCGGGUGUAGACCCUUAUGCGAGGAGGGCUAUCUGGGACCUGCUUGUCAAGUACAAGGAAGGCCGUACCAUCCUGUUGUCCACACACCACAUGGACGAGGCUGACAUCUUGGGGGACAGAAUUGCUAUCAUCUCUAAUGGUCAGCUGAAAUGUGCGGGGUCAAGCGUCUUCCUGAAGAACACUUUUGGGGAUGGGUACCACCUGACCCUGGUGAAGAGAGCGAGGGAGGAGGAUACUCUUAGCACAGGUAGUUUACAGCAGGAUGAUCUGGACAUUUCCCAGAAUUCCAGUGUGACCUUCAGAAGUAAGUGCGAUGCCUCCAAGGUAACGACCUUCAUCAGCCAGCAUGUGUCAACAGCAUAUCUUGUCUCGGAGACCAAUCAGAUUUUGAGUUACAACCUUCCCUUUGAAGAGGCCAAGAAGGGAAAUUUUGAGAAACUGUUUGAAGCAUUGGACGGGAGUUUGGUUGACCUUGAGCUGUGCAGUUACGGAGUGGUGGACACCAGUUUGGAGGAAGUCUUCUUGUCUGUAACAGAGAAAGCCAAGCUUGAGGAUUCUAUUGAGAGUGAUACAAAGGAGUUGGAUUCAAUGAAAGACCCGGCUAAUGAUACGAUAAAUUCUGAUGAUGACGUCCCCUUGUUAUCAGCUGCUGGUGAGACCCUGGGGAACACAAACACAGGGUUAAACAGUGACGUAGAACUGCUGGAUGUGGGUGGGGAAAGUGAGGCAGGAUUACCUGGCCCUGUUAAUGAGCAUGAGCUUUUGUACGAACCCCCAGCAUCAUUCAGAAGAAACGAUGGUUAUGCCAGGCUAGAGUCCGAGGAAACCACGCCCAAACCUGUGUUAGAAGGACGAGGGUCGUACAUGAUGGAUGGAGCCCCACUGAGACUGAAUCAGUUCCGUGCUGUCAUUGUUAAACGGUUUUACUACAUAAAACGCAACUGGAAGGCUUUGUUUUCUCAGAUUCUCCUUCCUGCACUCUUUGUCUGUGUGGCCAUGACAGUAGCAUUGGCGGCACCCGGCCGUGGUGAACUUCCCCCACUCGAGCUGAGCCCUUCACAGUACUUCAACUUAACGCAGCCGCGGGGUAACUUUAUUCCGUUCUCCAAUCACAAGCCAUACACCACCUCUAAAAAGUUCUCAACUAGCGCUGGCCCAGAGGAGUUGAUUGACACUUUGCAUCUUGCAUCAGGCAUCGGCGCCACCUGUGUUCUUAAGUCACCGUUUAACAGCACUUUGGACAUGCAGCUGCUGAAGGGCUUGAACAACACACUGAAAAACUAUGAUUUACUGGCAAAGUAUUUUGAACCGAGCUGCCAAAGUGUGUUUGUACAUGGUCUUCCCUUGGAGAAUUUUGUUCCCCGUGCUCCAACUGUGUCAGCCUUUACUGAUGAGAACAACACCAUGUCAUCAGUGACCGCCUCACCAACGGAAAACAUUUAUUACCCAAAAUGUCGCUGUGUCAAGGACAAAUCGGGGUUUAUAUGUCAAAACAACGAUGGCCAUGACACCCCACCAGAGUUUAAAGUUGUUACCAGCGACAUCAUUCAGGACAUUGGUGCUACCAGUGACCAUAACUUCUACCUGUAUACCUCUAAUGAAUACAGACUGCAUAGGUAUGGUGGUCUUGCAUUUGGUGUGCAAAACACGGAAGUCCCUGAAAACUUUGGACAGCGCUCCCCCGCCUCUUUUCACAAACUAGCGGUGCGAGAGCUGUCUAAGGUCUGGUUUAAUAACAAGGGUUAUCACUCCAUGCCCACUUAUCUCAAUGUCAUCAACAACGCUAUCCUCAGAGCUAACCUGCCAAAGAGUAAAGGCAAUCCUGCGGCCUACGGUAUUACAGCUAUAAAUCACCCUAUGGAGAAAACCAACAACAAACUAUCCAUGGACAUUAUUCUGCAGGGCUCUGACGUUCUCAUCUCUAUCUUCAUCAUUGUGGCCAUGUCGUUUGUGCCCUCCAGUUUUGUCCUGUACCUGGUCUAUGAGAAGUCCAUCAAAGCCAAACACCUGCAGUUUGUCAGUGGCAUAGAUCCUGUCAUCUAUUGGCUUGGAAACUAUGUCUGGGAUAUGUGUAACUACCUGAUCCCGUCGGCGUGUUGUAUCGGCAUCCUGUUAGUGUUCCAGAUCCCAGCCUACUCCUCACCUUCCAACAUCCCCGUUGUCAUUGGACUCUUCCUACUCUACGGGUGGUCCAUGACACCUAUGAUGUAUCCAGCCUCAUUUGUGUUCAAGGAGCCAAGCACGGCCUACAUCUUCCUCAUUGUCAUCAACCUCUUCACUGGCAUCACUUGUGUCAUCUGCAGUUUCCUCUUAGAGAUUUUUUCUUACAAUAAGGAUUUGGAUGCUGUACAUCAGAACCUGAAAAACGUUUUCCUGCUGUUCCCUAACUACUGCCUGGGCAGAGGUCUCAUGGAUUUAGGGUUCAACGAGUACAAGAAUGAUUUCUUCUUUAAAACUGGUCAGUACAACCAGAUCCAGUCACCAUUCCAGUGGGAUCUGACAGGCAGGAAUCUUGUUGCAAUGGGAGUGAUGGGCCUGGUUUUCUUCAUCAUCACCAUCCUUUUGGAGCAGCGCUUCUUCAUUAGGCGCAGACAAAAGUCGUGGUCACCAAUGACAGUACAGGAUGAGGAUGGGGAUGUGGCUGCUGAGAGGAAGAGGGUCAUGAGGGGAAGUGGCAGACAUGACCUGAUCAGACUGGAGAAUAUCACCAAGGUGUACAAAACCAGGAAGUUGGGCCGUAAGUUGGCAGUCGAUCGGCUGUGUCUGGGAGUGCCAGAGGGAGAGUGCUUUGGCCUUCUGGGAGUGAAUGGUGCAGGGAAGACGACAGCUUUUAAGAUGUUGACAGGUGACAUUCGUCCCACAGGUGGAGAUGCCUGGCUUAAUAGAUACAGUGUGACUGGUGACCUGCUGAAGGUCCAACAGAACAUUGGCUACUGCCCUCAGUUUGAUGCUCUGUAUGACCAGCUCACGGCACGAGAACACCUCCAGCUGUAUUCACGCCUCAGAGGGAUACCACCCAAAGAUGAACGGCAGGUGGUAGACUGGGCCCUGAACAAGUUAUGCCUGAUGAGGUAUGCUGACAAGCCUUCAGGAACAUACAGUGGUGGAAACAAGAGGAAGCUGUCCACAGCCAUCGCUCUGAUUGGUCAACCUCCUGUCAUCUUCCUGGAUGAGCCUACGACGGGCAUGGACCCUCAUUCCAGACGAUUCCUCUGGGACAUCAUUCUUAGGCUGAUCAAAGAGGGCAAGUCUAUUGUCCUCACGUCUCACAGCAUGGAGGAGUGCGAGGCGUUAUGCACCAGGCUAGCCAUCAUGGUCAAUGGUCGCUUCCAGUGUUUGGGCAGUGCACAGCACCUGAAGAAUAAAUAUGGAGAUGGCUACACGAUGGGACUGCGACUCCAAGGCCCUGAUUAUGACAGGUCACUGUUCCAGGUCAAGCGCUUUAUAGAGAGGCAUUUUCCUGAGGCAGUGCUGAAGGAUGAGCAUCACAACAUCUUACAGUUUGAGCUAAAAUCCCCCAUACAGCUAUCCUAUGUGUUCAGUAAGCUAGAGGAAGCUCGCAGUGACCUGCCAGUAGAGGACUACUCCGUUAGUCAGAAUACACUGGACAACGUGUUUAUCAACUUUGUGUCUCAGCAAGCUGAGAUUGUGAGAGAAGCAGCAGAUUCGGGAGCUGACCUUCUGGACGUUCCCCCCAGAAGAGCGUCACAAGAGGCACCCAGGGAGCGCCCCAUUACAGAGCAGGACCUGGAGGAGGAAUACGAUGCCUUUGAUGCCACCUUUGACACAUCACAGACCCACCUGUCGUUCAACAUGGAGGAAGUAUAGAGAAUCCAAGCAGAGAAAGCUUAGAGCUCUAUUUUAUAACACGUGACCAGGAUAUCAACUGUUGCAUAUUCAUAACCUACUGUGAACGCUCUGGUUGGCUGAACCGCCAUAUUUGAAGCUGACGGUA